AUGGGUUUGAAGCCGUAUUUUGGCCUUCGAGGCAAUGCCCUUGUCCGCGCCGCUGUUUGGCUGGUCGUGUAUCCAUGCUUCACUUGCUAUGGUUACAACAUGAGCGUGGCUGGUGGCCUGUUAACGCUCGAUUCAUUCAACGCUCAAUUUCCCCGCAUGGAUACAAUCCAUACCGUUGGAGCUCUCAAUAAAGAAAACUCCCAAUUGCAAGGUACUGUCAUCGCCCUCUAUACCGUCGGUGGUAUUUUCGGCUCCCUAUCGUGCAUCUAUCUCGGCGAUCUCUGGGGCCGACGGAAAGUGAUUUUCAUCACGAGCUUCAUCUCAAUCAUCGGGGCCAUUCUCAUGGCGACCUCUUUCGAUUUUGCCCAGUUCAUCGUCGCAAGACUGGUUCUCGGGCUAGGCGUCGGUGGAUGCAUCGCGACGGUCCCUGUCUGGCAAUCGGAGAUCUCCCCUGCGGAUAAGCGAGGAUCCAGUGUUGUGACUGACGGCAUCUUUCUUGGUGUUGGUGUAACACUCGCCCUCUGGAUCGAGUUAGGCUUCUAUUUCGUCAAGGAUAACUCCGUCUCUUGGCGAUUCCCUCUCGCCUUUCAGAUCGUCAUGUCAGCCACUGCACUCAUUUUCAUCACCAGCAUGCCGGAAUCGCCUCGUUGGCUCAUCAAAACCGGGCAAGUGGAGGAAGGACGCAGAGUGCUUGCAGCAUUGCUCAAUGUCGACGAGGAUUCAGGAAUCAUCAACGAUAACGUGCUUAGCAUCGAGACAUCACUUGCCCAGUGCUCGGGUUCUUGGACCAAACUGUUCAAAAAUGGCAAACAACGGCUGUUCCAUCGCGCAUAUCUUGCCGCGACAGGCCAGAUGUUCCAGCAAAUGUGCGGUGUGAAUCUGAUCACCUACUACGCGACCACUAUUUUCGAGCAGUACCUUGGAAUGGACGCUGUGAGAUCUCGAGUUCUCGCUGCUGCGAUGACUCUCAUGCAAUGCCUCGGUGGAUACUUGGCUUACUAUACCAUUGACCGUCUUGGUCGCCGACCUCUGAUGUUAUGGAGUGCCGGCGCUAUGACAGUCUGUAUGGCAGGCCUUGCUGGCACGACUUCGCCUUCCGCGGCCAACAAUACAGGGGCUCUCGCGAUGGCCGUUGUCUUCCUAUACGUCUUCCAAUUCAUCUUCACUGUUGGCUUCUCCGGCCUCACCUUCCUCUACGCUGCGGAAAUGGCUCCCCUUGAGGUUCGCGCGGCAGUGAAUGCGAUAUCGACUGCCACCGUGUGGAGCUUUACCUUCUUGAUUGCCCAAGUCACCCCUGUUGGCUUCUCCACGAUCGGUAACCGUUACUACAUCAUCUUCGCUGUCAUAAACGCCGUGAUCGUGCCCAGCGUAUACUUCUUCUUUCCCGAGACCAAGGGUCGAUCACUGGAGGAAAUCGACGAGAUUUUCGCUCAAUCCAAGACCAUCUUUGACCCGCCUCGUGUGGCUCGGGCCAUGCAACGGCAAUUGAGAUCUGGGAACAAAUCUCACCCCGAAGGGGGUGAUGUCACUAGCUCCGAUGAAGAUGUCAGCGAAGAGGUCAAAGUUAAGGAGUAA